AUUUACAUAUGCUCCCCAAUUCAAUUCUACUUUCACACUGACUGGUCAAGAUCACUCAUCUCUUCUCCUUCUUCUCUUCCACCCGCAAUUCUUCUCUCUUUUUCCAUUUGUUUUUCUCUCUUUCCAAUUUUCUUUCUCUCAUUUUUACCCUAUUCAAAAUAAGCUUUGCAGAUUGUCUACCUUGAUCAUGGGUUUCAAUUCUGUCUAUAGAAGCUUGCAGGAGUUAUUUCCGCAGGUUGAUGCCAGGAUACUGAGAGCUGUGGCUAUUGAACACCCAAAGGAUGCUGAUCUUGCUGCUGGAAUUGUUCUUGCGGAAGUCAUCCCGGUCAUGUCCAAAAAAUUACCUCUUGCAAAUCCUCCACAGGACAAUGCCCAUUGGGCUCCACUAAAUGUUGAAGCUGAAAGUGAGGAGGAAGGAAGUAGUUUGAGGCACCGUCAGCUUGUUCAAGACAUAGAUGUGGGGCCUUCUUCUGCCCCACAUUCUAUAUAUACCAAACCAGCUGAUUAUUCAUUGGUACCAGAUUUGAAUGAAGCUCUGGACAAUUCUACAUUGUCAAAUGUCAGUAAUUCAAACGGUGUUACUGAAAAAUUUCUUGGAAUGGAUGAUAUGAAAGAGCUAGAUGUUUUGCAGAAGGUUAAAGAUAAUUUCAUUGAAGAGAUCUCAAACAAGAUUGCUAUGGAGAUAUCAAAUUGCUUUAUUCAGGAAGGUAAUGAAAAUAUUUAUCAGAGCCGACCUCAUGUUGAUGUUGAGUCUGAAAACUUGAUUUCUUCUGGUAUAUGUCAAGAGACUGAACCUGAGCAUAGCUACCAUAGCAAGGAGGCUACAUCCACUAAUAUCAAUGGAAAUGGGACUGAAAACCGUUUAAAUGAAGAAUGGGUAGGUUUUGUAGGUCCUUCCGCUGAUUAUUAUGAUGCCACUACAGGUCACAUACCGGAGGAUUGUGAAACAAACUUGAUUGAAGUAGAAAGUUCUGAGGUCCAAGCUGUUUGUCUUGCUCAAGGGAAUACACUAAAUUCUAAAGAUAGUCUUCAAUCAGAAUUCAAUGCUGGUUUUUCUAGUGCUGUUGACAAAACUAGUGAUGUUGAAGAUGAUAUUGGUGGAAAGAAUGAAGUUAGCCAAUAUAGUCAAGUUUGCAGAAUUGAUCUGCUUGAGGAAAUCAUCGAUGAUGCUAAAAGUAACAAGAAAACUUUGUUUUCAUCAAUGGAAUCUCUUAUCAACUUGAUGAGGGAUGUGCAACUUCAGGAGCAAGCUGCACAGCAGGCCAGCAUGGAUGCUGCUACUGGAGGGUCUAAUAUUCUGGCCAGGGUAGAAGGAUAUAAAACAGUGCUGGAACAAGCUAAAGAAGCAAAUGACAUGCAUGCGGGAGAAGUGUAUGGGGAAAAAGCAAUUCUGGCAACUGAACUGAAGGAACUUCAAUCACGCCUACUCAGCUUGUCUGAUGAAAGGGAUAAGUGUCUUGCAAUACUCAAUGAGAUGCGCCGAGUUCUCGAAGCACGACUAGCUGCAGCUGAAGAAUUUAGGAAAGCAGCUGAGAAUGAAAAGCUGGAAAAGGCGGAAUCUGCACAAAGGGCUCUUGCUGAACAGGAAAAACUGGUGGAGAAGGUACUACAUGAAUCAGAAAGACUAAAACAGGAGGCAGAAGAGAAUUCGAAGUUACGGGAGUUCCUUAUGGAUCGAGGGCAGGUGGUUGAUGUGUUGCAAGGAGAAAUUUCAGUUAUUUGUCAGGAUAUUAGGCUCCUAAAAGAGAGAUUUGAUGCAAAUCUUCCAUUGAGUGAAUCCUUCACCUCAAGUCAGACCAGUUGCAAGUUAGCUUCAUCAGGUACGUCCCACAAAACCGCGGCAUCUGAUGUAGGUUCUGUGCAUGGUGAUUCAUCUGAAAGAAGUAAGACAAGUGAAAGCCUUUCUUCCAAAAGUGGACACGACGAGGAAAAAUCAAAAGCUUAUCAAAACGCUCUUCUUGAUGAUGGGUGGGACAUUUUUGAGAAAGAUGCAGAGCUGAAUUCUGGAGUUUACUGAGGGGAAAACAACUACUUCCUGCUAUUGUUUAUAAAACAAAAUAAACCUUAGAAUCCUUGGAUGCCACUCGUUAGUUGUGAUCUGGAUAUUUUUGCUAUAUAGUACUCGAGGUUCGCUUCUCUUUCUUAUGCAAAUUUUGUAUAUAAAACGUCGUUGAGAAUUUCUUGAUUUC